AUGGCUGACCAGGGAGACGCCCAGCCGGCCCAGCCGGCCCAGCCCGCCCAGGCCACGCCCGCCCAGACCAUCAUUAUCAAUGGCGGAGUUGUUGGCUACAAGGAUGACCGUGGCAACAUUGUGAUUGGUGCUACUGACAACCGCGGCAACACCAUCAUUGGCGCAACAGACGACAAUGGCAACACCAUCAUUAACUGA